GGUAAGACUUUCAUGUUGAUGCGGAGUCAACUGAGGAUGUCAUAUAAAUUUUUGGCAUCUGCCAUCUGCGGUAGGCCUCAAGAAAGCUUCCAGAGCAACAGAAACCUAUCUUCUACAUUGUCCAUUAUUUGUCUUUGCAGACAAGUUUCUGUUCAAAAGCAGUAUCAGAUUUGACUGCUUCCAUCGCAAUCCCAGCGCUGAGCAAGGUCACUUCCCACUACCAAAACAACGACAAACCAAACUUGGUCGCCUUCAAUAUGCGCGCCACUCUUAUUGUUGCUGCUUUUGCGCUCGCUGUUUCCGCCGCUCCGGUUCCUCAGGCGAACUCUGGCAGCCAGAUCGAAGGAUCUCUGGUUGAGGCACGCACAUUUAGUUCGAACAAGGAUGCACGAGACCUUAAGAAGGACGACACAGCACCGGCGGAUGAACUCUCAGUCCGGUACACCAGAGGCGGAGGUUGGGGGAGAAGGUCAGCUGAUCCGAAAGACUUCAUCGGAAUAAGACAGCCGAAGCCCCAAGCAGAAGCGGCUCCUAGGAACGAGCUAUCACCCCGAUCGGCUCAGCCAGAGCCGGAGCCAGACUACAGGAGCACUCGUCCUUGGCACUGGGAGGACAAAAAGGAUGGUGUCUGCACAAUUGUAAUUGAAUAUCAGGAGGUCUCAGGGACUGGAUAGUGGUAUGCUGAGCCGGAGACU